AACAGCCCCUCGAAAGUUUUUGAAAUCCCCCUCUCUCUCUCUCUCUCUCUCUGCCAUAUGCGCUGGUCUUUUGCUGUUCCAAAGUCCCAAACUUUCCCUUUGUUUCUCUCAAAACUUUCUCGGAAAACAAACAGGAAAAACCCCCUAAUUUGCCCACCCCAAAACCCUGGGUUUUCUCCGCAAAUGAUUUCAACUCACGGUCAACGCCGAAACAAACUCUAACUACGGACGAAAGAAGAUGACCGGCCAACAGAACAACCCCCAAGGAGGAACUUCCGGCGGUGGCGAUUUUGGGAAGUUCCAUGGAGUCCAGCCGGAGCGUGAUUUGGAAGCUAAUUGGGAAGUCGAUCUUGCCAAAAAGCUUGAGGACUACCUCUUAAAGAUUUGCUCCGGUGAAAUUACUGGCUCCCAAGACGAUGACGGUCAUAGCUCAGUGAAUUUCGCCGAAGCUGCAUUGCUGCUUCAGGGUUCAGUUCAAGUGUAUAGCCGGAAAGUAGAGUAUCUAUACAACUUGGUUUUGCAUGCUUUGGAGUUUCUCUCUCAAAAGAGGCAACAAGAUCAACCUGAUGGUGCAUCCGAUCAGGCCGAACAGAGCGCUGCACAUGCUGCAUCGGACGAGGACCGUGAUAAAUUUUGGGACUUAGAUGACAUCCCAGUGGAAGUGAAGACUAGCUUAGAUAAUUCGUCCAACAGAGACACUCUGGUUAACCAAUUUGUGAAGCCCCCUGCGAAUUUAGUUGUUCUUGAAGGUGAUUGCUUAGACACAUCUGGUGAUGGCAGCGAGUUAGAGUCCUAUCUGUUGUCAACAAAUGAUCUCUACCAGGAUUUCAUUCUAUUAGAUCCAUAUGAUUCGGUGGCAGUCGAUGAUUAUUUGAAGGGUAAUGUCGCUGGUAAAGGUGAACAUGGCACUAAUAAGGGCAGUUCAAGGCGCAAGACCUGUCAGUCUCCCACAAGGCAUUCAGGGGGGACUGCACGUAAAUCAUCUCACAGAAAGAAUGCGGAUACUAAUGUUAAUCAAACUCCUAGGGCUGAUUGCGAUUUUGGUGUUGAUGAACGUAAUAUGGGGCAUGAUCCAUCUGUCGCCGAUGACUUUGGAAAUGUAGAUCAUGGAUUUGAUAUGGAUGAUAGGCAUUCAGAACCUAGAGACUUAGAUGAUUCAGACGACGAUAAUAAUGAUCCAUGGGAACCUCUGAAUCCCCAUGAACCCGGAAACUUGAAAGUGAGGCCUUUCAGAAAAGUAAAAGCUUCCAGAAAGCAUGCGGUAAAUAAGAGUAGUCUCAUAACUACUUUGUUUCCACUCGCUAGAUUGCAUGGGACCAUUAGUCCCGAACUUACAGAAAUGUGGGAGAAGCAGCAGAAUGCCUUUGGAAAACAAAGGGAAUCCAAGUCUCCUCCGUUAUAUGAAAAGCUUCGUCAAUCACUAAUUGGGCGAGGAACUGGAGCUGCUAAUGCUUUUCCUAGUUUCGAAGAAGAUAACGAGGACUAUGGAUAUAAUGAUGAGAAUGUUGAUUUUGGUGGACCCGAUUUCAGCAUGCCAGAGAACAUGCCUAUGGAUGAAGAUUUACCUUUCACGAACGAAAAGCAUUGGGGUGAUGCUGAGUUUGGAAAGAAUGAAAUGUUUAACAAUGGAGAUCCGUGUUCUCAAGCAAGCCUGGAAGAUCUCUGCCGCUCUCACCUGGAUGCAUUGCUUGCGAGCAUAGCUGAAAACGAGAAGCAAACUGAACUGGCUGCUCGAGUUUCAUCGUGGAAACAGAAUAUCGAGCACAACCUGGAAGAGCAGGAUUCACGUCCUCCAUUUGAUAUUCAUGAGUAUGGUGAACGGAUUCUUGACAAAUUCUCGCUUGAUUCCGGAAAAGGAGAUGUCGUGUCGUACGGUGAUCUUGUUGAGGGUCAAGAAAAGCAUGAUGUUGCUCGAUCCUUUUCCGCACUUCUCCAAUUGGUGAACAAUGGAGAUGUUGAUUUAGAUCGAAGCGGACUUGACGGAGAGUCUGUUUGUUAUACGAACGUAAACCCUUUCCAUGUUCGACUCCUCAAGCAUGACAAGAGAAGGGUGGAACUUCGAAUGCCCAAAAAGAGAGUCAAAAUGCCCUUGAGUAGAAAACGUAGAAAAGGCGAUAGAAACACAUCUUCACCCGAGAAAUGUCUACUGGCCAACUCGGAUUCAGAUUACGGUUCAGCAAAGUUGUCGUCACAGCAGAAUCACAAAGCUUCUGCAAAGCUUGGCAGUGUAAGUUGCACUCCAGAAAGCAAGAGGAGACGAAGGUCUCGAUUGGUCGAACCUGUGGACUUGCAAUCGGCAUUGUGACAUAAAACAUGGUAUAGUUGUUGCAACAAUUCAA